AUGGAAACAUUUGAUAUAAAACGGUCUUCAGCAACAACACCAGAAACUCUAUUAGACGAAAAUGAGUAUAUUAAAGAAAACUAUAAAAACUGUGAUGUAUCAGUAUUAGAUUUUGAAGGAAAAGAAAAACUGGCUUUUUUAAAUCAUGACAUACUUCUAACAGACUAUAGAAUAAUCUUAGUUAAGGAUGCCAAAUAUUCUGCGCAGAACUCAAAAAUACCCAAUAGAUUUUUGUGUGGUGGAUACAUUGAUAUUUCAUCUAUAAUUGUGAACGCAAUUUCAUCAUGUGAAAAAGCUGAAGAUAUCCCCUAUUUAUACAUCCAAAUAGGUAGUCUUGACUUUAAUCAAGAAGGUGACGAAGAUUCGGAGCAGAGUCAGCAUUUUUCUGAAAUUAACAUUCAUUGUUCUGAUCACAAUGCCGUAUAUACACUUUUCAAUUCGAUCUCGGAAACAGCUGCAUAUAUGGAGCAGCUGGAUAGCUUAUCCGACUCACAGACAAACAAUGAAUUAACUGAUAAUUAG